AUGCGUUUCCCCUUGAGCAUUUCCUCGCUGCUGGCAUCUAGUCUCCUGCUUUCUACCACAUCAGCAUCAUCGGGCUACCACGAACAGCUCAACCUGCGGCCGUUGCCUCUCUCAAACCUACUCGCGAGCUUCAACUUCCGAUCGAACACGUCAUUGGCCGACUUUGAAUCACAAAACUUCCGUCUAUUUCCUCGUUCCUUGGGCCAGAUCCUUCAAUAUGCCGGCACGCGAGAGCUACACCUGCGCUUCACGCUAGGACGGUGGGAUGCCGAGAAUUGGGGAGCUCGACCCUGGGACGGCACCAGGGAGGGAGGCACGGGAGUUGAGCUCUGGGCUUGGCUGGACGCCGAGACGGACGAGGAGGCGGAUGCGAAGUGGUUGACUCUUACAAAUGCCCUGUCGGGUCUCUUCUGCGCAAGCUUGAACUUCAUCGACGAGACCCGUACGAUCCGUCCCGUUGUGUCUUUCCAGGCUGAGGGAGAUCAUCCCAAUACCACGCUUGCCAAUGCCAAGCUCCUACAUGGAGUGUUGCCGCACGAGGUCGUAUGCACAGAGAACCUGACGCCAUUCUUGAAGCUUCUGCCAUGCAAGGGCAAGGCGGGCAUCGGCAGCCUCCUUGAUGGGCACAAACUCUUCGAUGCCUCUUUCCAGAGCAUGGCGAUCGAUGUGCGACCGGUUUGCCCUCCAGGAGGUGAAUGUCUCCUGGAAGUGGAACAGACAAUUGACAUGGUGUUGGAUAUCAGCCGCUCCAAACGUCCACAGGACAAUCUGAUCCCAAGACCAGUCCAAGGCCACGAAUUGGUGUGCGAUACGUCCAAGUCCUAUCACUCGGACAGCGUCUGCUUCCCGGUGGACCAUCUUCAGAGCCAGGAAUGGAUUUUGGAGCAGGUGUUUGGCAAGCCAAUCAAGGGAGCGUGCCCCUUGACGGAGCCAGGAACCCCCCCUGUCUGUGUCGAAGUUCCCCAUUCGAGAAGCAUAUUUGCUUCUGAAGGAUCUACCGAGAUCAAGAGCCAGGACAGCGCUUCCCGUUGCUAUGACCUGGCCCCAGAGGGUGACUUCAAUCUGGUCCUCACCCAGCUGGAUGCCUCAAGCGGCGAUAAGGAGCUUGUGGAACCUGAGCAGCCCCUCCUCUACGCUGAUAGGAGUUUCACCGGAUACGGACAGGAACACGGCGGCGUGCAAGCGAUCCUCACCAACCCAGGUGACGAGGAGGUCGAGUUCGUCUACAUGGAGUCUCUACCAUGGUUUAUGCGAGUAUACCUACACACUCUGAGCACCCGCAUCUCUGCCGCCUCAUCUAUCCCUACGACGUCGGCGGAGACGUCGGCAGAGAUUAUCAAAGAAAUAUACUACAGGCCCGCUCUCGACCGUGAGCGUGGGACCCAGCUUGAACUGCUCCUGCGCAUCCCCCCCAAGUCGACCGUUUUCCUCACCUACGACUUCGAGAAAUCGAUUCUCCGUUUUACCGAAUACCCCCCGGAUGCCAAUCGAGGAUUCGACGUCGCCGCCGCCGUCAUCACGACGCUCUCGCCCAGGAAGAUGAACAUCCGGACCACGAGUCUGCUCCUCUAUCUUCCCACACCCGAUUUCAGCAUGCCAUAUAAUGUCAUCAUUUUCACAUCUACAGCCAUCGCCCUGUCGUUUGGCGGACUUUACAACAUCUUAGUAAGGCAGAUUGUUGGCGCUGACGAGGGUUUCGAAUCCCCAGUGAGGUCGAAGCUCAAGCGAUUUCUGGCAGUCAUUACCAGGCGGCUGGCAGGAUAG